CUUCCUGUGAGCAGCAGUCGCUGCUACAAUAUCUCCAGCUUUGGGUACUAUUAGGAGUGAGAACCUACCACCUUAAUGUGGCUCCCCCUGCUGGUGAUCAUUACUCUAAUGCUUCUCUAUAGAUGGAGCAGACAGAGAAAGAAAAUACAGAAUCUUUCAGAUAAAUAUGUUUUUAUCACGGGAUGUGACUCAGGGUUUGGAAACGUGCUGGCAAAGCAGCUGGACAAACAAGGAAUUCAGGUGCUGGCAACUUGUCUGACUGAGAAAGGGGCAGAAACCCUUAAAUCAGAAACAUCAAGCAGAUUGAGAACAGUGAAUAUGAACGUAACUGACAGCCAGAGUGUGAAAUCUGCAGCAGAAUGGGUCACUGGUAUUGUGGGAGAUGCUGGACUCUGGGGAUUAGUGAAUAAUGCUGGGUAUGGGUUUGUGUUUUCACCCACUGGAUGGCAAACAAAAGAGCAUUUUGUCAAGGUGCUGGAAAUAAACUUGCUGGGUAUGGUCGACGUGACACUGAAUCUGCUGCCUCUCCUUAGAAAAGCCCAGGGGCGCAUUGUCAAUGUGUCAAGUAAUGCGGGGAGACUGGCUUUUAUUGGUGGAGGCUACUGUCUCAGUAAGUUUGGUGUGGAAGCUUUCUCUGACAGUCUAAGAAGGGAGCUGCUGGAUUUUGGAAUAAAGGUUUCGAUAAUAGAGCCAGGUGCUUUCAGAACUGGAAUGGGUGUGUCAGGCCCUCAUCUUCAGUUCCUGGAGCAGCUAUGGAACAACCUUGAUCCUGAGACCAAGAAAAGCUAUGGCGAGAAGUACUAUCAGCAAUAUUUCCAGAAUGUGGCAUGUUUGACCAGCAUGACCAGCCCCAAGUUGCACAAAGUCACUGACUGCAUGGAGCAUGCUCUGACCGCUGUUCACCCCUGGACACGAUACUCUGUUGGCUGGGACUGCAAGCUCUACCAUCUCCCCCUUUCUUAUCUCCCUACAGCUGUCUCUGACUAUGUGUUGUGUCGCUCUGCCCCCAAGCCAGCUCACAGUGCAAAAUAAUCUAUUUGUGAUUCCUCUGAAAUAUAUACGCUAUGCCAUA